CGGAGACGCGUGUACGGCCGAACCCGAGGAUCGUAAGCACAGACGUUGACUUGCCCGAGGAUCUUUCCACCGUUUCUACUCGCUGAUCCCGUUUCUAGAUACACGUUCGUGUAACCAUGUUUUGGAUUUCAUUCCUCUCGCUGGCAGUUGGUAUUCAUGCUGUCUACCUGCCUCCCCUAAGCGAGUCGCAGGAGGAACGACUGUUAACCGACACUCUUCGUGAACUGAUCAACCAAAUGGGAAACGACCUCGCGGAUGCUGCUGACUCGUAUUUGGAGUAUCAGGACAAACCAAAAGAAAUUCCCAUCGAGCUGCCCGCUGAUUACGAUGGCAUCGACACCUUGAACCCUAAUCCAAGCAUUCGCGACCAGGAAUACCUACGGCACAGCACGUUGUGGAGCCACCAACGCCAGAACAACAAUGACCCGAGCAACAGGCAGAAAAUCAAGCCUGGAAGCGUGAAAAAUAUCAAGGAUGAAAAGACUGAGAAUACUUUGCCGGCGUAUUGCACGCCGCCGAACCCUUGCCCGGUUGGUUACACAUAUGAAAACAACUGCAUUCUGAAUUUCGAGAACACAGCAACGUUCAGUCGCGACUAUCAGAGCGCGCAAGAUUGCAUGUGCGACACGGAGCACAUGUUGGAUUGCCCUGUUGAUUCUGGUAACAGCAACAGUCUGCCAAGCAUGCACAUACCGAGUUCGAACUUCAAUCAAAUUGUUGAUCAAUUCCAAGCGGAGGAUAAUCCUUUCUUCCGAGGUGAAAAGUUGCCAAUCGCGGCAAAGAAAGGUAUAAACGUAAUCUACUAAAACGUCUGGUACACCUUGAAAUACAAAAUUUUGAGAUACGAACCAAAAAUAUUGGAUUAAAAGAUUUCAAGCUAUAUCGAUCGAUACCCUCAAUUCAACGCAUGUGCGAUCCGGUAAAAGUAUAACGAAUGCAAAAGUUUGUAACUGGUAAAAGUUUUUACAUAAUUCAAAGACCUGGUGCUGAUAAAGAUUCUUUAAAUAUUUUAAUAUCAUAUCAUUGUCAUUGAUUCAAAAUAGAACCAGUGUAUAUAAAUCAAACGACAGUAAUCUACAAAUAUAUAUUAUGUUUUUGAAAACAAUAUAUGUCUUGUUACCAAGAGUUAAAUAUUUUAAUUAUACAAAUCCCAAUUAUAGGCAAUUUAUCACUGUUUUGCGAAAUGAUAAAUAUUACUAUUAAGAUAAUGUAAAAUGAUUUAUCUGUGAAAAAUAUGCUUCUGAUAGCUUUCUUGGUAAUACAGGUGCAUUUAUCAACCGUAUUUUUACUGUUAUACAACGUUAUAAUAUGAACCCUUAGUAUUAUUAUUUACAGCGUUCGGGAAAAGAACAGAUAGUUAUCCCUCGAACAACACGGUUUUGUUUAACUAAUUGUAAUUACAUAAUAGAUUUAUUAAAUUAUUUCUUUUAAUGAAUCUAUGUGAAAUAAAAAAAGUUUUUUAUUUACGUACGUUAGAAAUAGUAAAUAAAUAGAUUAUUUAAUUUUAAAAAGCUGUCCUAUUUGG